AUUUUUUCUUUAUAAGCCCUCUUACCCCUCAAACCCUAGGGUUUUUCUCUCGUCUGCCGAAGCCUGUGUGCUCUUCCUCAGUUUCUCUGACAGUUGACUCAGAAUAGUGAAGAUGUUUUCAUCAAAGAAGAAGAUUCACAAAGAUAAAGAUGCUGAACCAACUGAAUUUGAGGAGUCAGUUGCACAGGCACUCUUCGAUUUGGAAAAUACCAACCAGGAGCUGAAAAGUGACUUAAAGGACUUAUAUAUAAAUUCAGCUAUGCAAAUUGAUGUUUCCGGGAACCGGAAGGCUAUUGUUGUCCAUGUCCCAUACAGGUUGAGGAAGGCUUAUCGCAAGAUUCAUGUUAGGCUUGUUAGGGAACUUGAGAAGAAGUUCAGUGGGAAGGAUGUGAUUUUGAUUGCCACCAGGAGGAUAUUGAGGCCUCCAAAGAAAGGAUCUGCUGCUCAGCGUCCCCGCAGCCGCACACUCACUGCUGUGCACGAGGCAAUGCUGGAAGAUGUUGUAUUGCCUGCUGAAAUUGUGGGGAAACGUGUAAGAUACAGACUUGAUGGAUCGAAGAUAAUGAAGGUUUUCUUGGAUCCUAAGGAACGCAAUAAUACCGAGUACAAAUUGGAAACAUUUGCUGCAGUUUACAGAAAGCUUUCAGGCAAAGAAGUCGUGUUCGAGUUCCCUCUAUCAGAGGCUUAGAAUAUUAUAAAGUGCCAUGCCACCUUUCAAAUGUUUCUUCCCUGAACCUGUUUUACUUGUCAUUUUCUAAAAUUUUGAAAUUUAGGUGUUCUUAGAAAGCAGGAUACUGUUACGUUGGAUUUUAUUUUCGCUGGCUAGUAUGAUAUGUUCAGUGUUGCAUUUUGGAUUCUGAA